UUAGCGCAGUGAGAGCUAUAAAUAGCCAUUAGGGCCCAAGCAAGUGGCCUUAACACAUGGAUUUCCUUCCAAAAAUGCAGACCCAUUUUAAUUAAAUUUGCAAUUAGCCUUUGGGAGGGCAGGCCCCCUGGAUUCUGUUUGCUUUCGGAGACACCAACAAGAUGGGAGUCACAGCUGUGCUCAUGCUGCCCCUGCUGCUGCUGGGGAUCAGUGGCCUUCUCUUCAUCUACCAGGAGGUGUCCAGGCUCUGGUCAAAGUCAGCCGUGCAGAACAAGGUGGUGGUGAUCACCGACGCCAUCUCAGGACUGGGAAAGGAGUGUGCUCGGGUGUUCCACACAGGCGGGGCAAGGCUGGUGCUGUGCGGAAAGAACUGGGAGAGGCUGGAGAUGCUAUAUGAUGCCUUGAUCAGUGUGGCUGACCCCAGCAAGCAGACAUUCACUCCAAAGCUGGUCCUCCUGGACCUCUCGGAUAUCAGCUGUGUCCAAGAUGUGGCAAAAGAGGUCCUGGAUUGCUACGGCUGUGUGGACAUCCUCAUCAACAACGCCAGCGUGAAGGUGAAGGGGCCUGCCCAUAAGAUUUCUCUGGAGCUCGACAAAAAGAUCAUGGAUGCCAAUUACUUCGGGCCCAUCACAUUGACCAAAGCCCUGCUUCCCAACAUGAUCUCCCGGAGGACAGGCCAAAUCGUCUUAGUGAAUAACAUCCAAGGAAAGCUGGGGAUCCCGUUUCGGACAGCUUAUGCUGCCUCCAAGCACGCAGCACUUGGCUUCUUUGACUGCCUCCGAGCCGAAGUGGAGGAAUACGACGUUCUCGUCAGCACCGUGAGCCCCACUUUCAUCCGGUCAUAUCACGUGUAUCCGGGCCACGGAAACUGGGAGGCCUCCAUCUGGAAAUUCUUUUUCAGGAAGCUGACCUACGGGGUACACCCUGUGGACGUGGCCGAGGAGGUGAUGCGCACUGUGAGACGGAAGAAGCAGGAGGUCUUCAUGGCCAACCCCAUCCCCAAGGCGGCUGUGUACAUCCGCACCUUCUUCCCAGAGUUCUUUUUCGCUGUGGUGGCCUGUGGGGUGAGGGAGAAACUCAGUGUCCCAGAGGAGGGUUAACUGCAGGAGGCCAAAUGGGUCACCCCGAUGGGAAUAAAGGCUUUCCUGGUA